UGCUACUGUACGGAUUCUCUGCUAGCAAGCUAGCCGAUGAGACAAAUUAACCCUCGCUAAUGUAUCGCAGAAGAGAGUAACGACGGUGGAGAAAAGGAGAUUUGUUUUUUAAAAAAUGGCGGAUGUUGCGGAAGAAUAUGGAAUUAAUUCUGCUGUCCCAUCACUGCAGCAUUCGUCCUCUCGUAAUGGGACUAGCGUCAGUUCUGCAGCCGGUAACGGGAGCGGACCCGCAGCCACCACUGUAACUACAGGCCCUCGGCUGGUCCGGAUUGUGAAGUCAGAUUCGGGCUAUGGCUUUAAUGUGCGAGGACAAGUCAGCGAGGGAGGACAGCUCCGAAGCAUACAUGGGGAAUUGUACGCUCCUCUCCAGCAUGUCAGCGCUGUUUUGCCUGGAGGUGCGGCAGAUAGAGCGGGUAUCUCAAAGGGUGACCGCAUUCUCGAGGUCAAUGGGGUGAACGUGGAGGGAGCGACACACAAGCAGGUGGUGGACCUGAUCCGGGCAGGGGAGCGGGAACUGGUGCUUGCCGUGCUGUCGGUGCCCCAGGCCGAGACGGACAGCCUUGAGGCGGCCGACGAAGGCCCCACAGCGUGUUGCUAUGACUACAGUGACAAGCAGGCAGUGCCCAUCUCCAUACCCACCUACAAGCAUGUAGAGCAGAACUCAGAGAAGUUUGUGGUAUACAAUGUGUACAUGGCAGGCAGGCAGCUAUGCUCCAAGCGAUAUCGGGAGUUUGCCAUCCUGCACCAGAACUUAAAGAGGGAGUUCAGCACCUACAACUUCUCCAAACUGCCGGGAAAGUGGCCGUUCUCCCUGUCCGAGCAGCAACUGGACGCACGUCGCAGAGGCCUAGAGGAGUACCUGGAGAAAGUCUGUUCUAUAAGGGUGCUUGGAGAAAGUGACAUAAUGCAAGAGUUCCUGUCUGAAUCAGAUGAGAACUUUAAUGGCGUGUCAGAUGUGGAGCUGAGAAUAGCCAUGCCGGACAAAACGACAGUCACAGUCCGAGUCCGUAAGAACAGCACCACCGACCAGGUCUAUCAGGCUGUUGUGAUGAGAGUCAAAAUGGAUAGCAUCACAGCCAGUUACUUUGCACUUUUUGAAGUGAUUAACCAUACAUUUGUGCGUAAGCUGGCCCCUAAUGAGUUUCCCCAUAAGCUGUAUGUGCAAAACUACACAUCUGCGGUGCCUGGCACCUGCCUGACCCUCCGCAAGUGGCUCUUCAGUGCAGAGGAAGAGGUGCUGCUUAACGACAACCAGCUGGCCAUAACCUACUGCUUCCACCAGGCCAUGGAGGACGUCAAGAAGGGAUCCAUAAAGGUGGGGGAGAAGUCCUAUCAGCUCCAGAAACUUGCCGAGCAGAAGAAGAUGAAUAUUUACUUGAGUAUGCUGAGCACGUGUGAAGGCUACAACGAGAUUGUGUUCCCUCACUGCGCGUGCGACUCGAGGCGCAAAGGCCACGUGGUCACUGCCGUCAGCGUCCACCACUUCAAGCUGCACGCCUGCACCGAGGACGGCGCCCUGGAGAACCAAGUGAUUGCCUUUGAGUGGAGUGAGAUGCAGCGCUGGGACACGGAUGAGGAGGGCAUGGCCUUCUGCUUCGAGUACGCCAGGGGAGAGAAGAAGCCACGCUGGGUCAAGGUCUUCACCCCCUAUUUCAACUACAUGCACGAGUGUUUUGAGAGAGUUUUCUGUGAGCUCAGAUGGAGGAAAGAGCUGGAGGAGGAGGUGACUGAUAAAGACAACAAGAACUGCAGCAGAGAUGGUAUGUGUAGUAAGAAUAUCUUCCAGCUGCUGAGAAACAGAAGGGAUGGAGGCACUUGAAUGAGGAGGUCAUUACCUCUUGAACACUGGCACAAACACACACACACACACACACACACACACACACACACUAACUCAAUAUAAAUAUUACACUAAAGCAAGCAUUGUGAAGAAGUAAAUGUAUAUAUGCCUAUCAUUAGACAUAAGAGUCCUCUGAAAGAAGAGAAACUCGUGGGUGCAUUUUAAAAGUGAUUUAAAAUAUCCAUAGAUUUCUGCAUCAAACAUUGCACUUCACCUCAUCGCAACUCCCAUGACACACCGUGUCUUCGACUGACAGAUGAAUCAGACACUAUUAAGCAGCCAGCAGGUACAAAUGGAAACUUGCCGGGAGACUGACUGAGAUUGUGUGUCGCAUUUCACUGUGACCAACCAACCUAAUCCCCUGCAUGACUGGAGAAAGGGAACAAUAUCUGCAUCAAGAAAAAAAAACUGGCUCCUCCUUUGAAACACAUGGAUGAACUUCUUGCAAGAAAGGAAGGAUAUCUGCAAUGCCAUUAGUCUAGAGUAUGGGUAUUAUGGCAACAUCCUUAGCUAGGAGCAACUUCUAGGAUGUGACUGGACUGGAGAAGGGCUCUGGGUGGACUUGUCUUGCCCAACUUGGACUUGUAGAACAGAAAAUGGCAGGACACUCACCCGAGAUCUAUAGUGAAGAAAAGGCUGGUGAACAAAACUCACACAAACUACAUACACCACACUACACUACACUACACUCAUCUCCGAGGGGAAUAAUCAUGAGUUUGAUCAAGCAAAGGAGAGUGAGUACGUCAAUACGGACAAGCCUGCCUGCUUGUCUGGAGUGGAAAAAAACGGACAGGAACAGUAACCUUAUUCAUGUAAAUUUGUGUUUACUUUUCUCCUGACUUUGGCAUCGCAUUGUUUGAAUCAUUUCAAUUGUGCCAGUGCUUUUUUGGGGGGGGGGAUCUGAUCUCACAAUUUAUUCUGUGCAUGUAGAUGCAUUUCAACACUGUGUUGAGAUGUUGAGUGUUUGUGUGUGUGUGUGUGUGUGUGUGUGUGUGUGUGUGUGUGUGUGUGUGUGUGUGUGUGUGUGUGUGUGUGUGUGUGUGUGUGUGUGUGUGUGUGUGUGUGUGUGUGUGUGUGUGUGUGUGUGUGUGUGUGUGUGUGUGUGUGUGUGUGUGUGUGGGAGAGGUCUGGGCUGCUGCUCCCAGAUUCAUUUCAGUUUCUCUUUCUCCUGGUCUAAGGGCAUGUGUGUGUGAAGAAAAAUGAGAGAAUGAGGUGUGCACAGGCUUUGAUUGUUCUUUUUUGUUCACAUACUGUAGCUGUCCUUGACGUCGCAGGAGAAUACCUCCUGCCAUGUUCCUGCUGAAACGCACUAUGUGUUAUGGGUAGGCCUCAUCCGUAUGCUCUCUGUCGCUGUCACUGGCAUUCUUAAGUGACUUCCUGACGAGUCCUCACGGCAGACUGAUCAACCUCUGUGUGUGUUGGGAUCAGUUAGCACGACAGUAUUAUUAUUAUUAUUAUUAUUAUUCAGUAUUACAGUUUUGAUGUAUUGAGGUUGCAGUGUGUAGCAGAAUAACUUGCACAGAAUACAAAAGACACAGAAAUUGAACGCAUAGACAUUCUUACCAGUUAACCAACGUAGAGCCACCCUCUUACAACUUCAAAUUAUUGUUGCAUCCCUGUGGUCAAACACCAGAGAUAAGGGCUGAUCUGGCCGAUUACUGGAAAGCUACGAACACAAAGUUUGGUGAAGUUCUGUUCUGACUGAUGCAAGUAUUCAUGAAAGACUCACUUUUUCUAUGGACCCAAUGGGAGUCUCUGAAUGUGAUGUGUGAAGCAGGCCCUUUGUUCCUGAGCUUCACACGGACCUACGGAAUUCAGACAUCCAUGCUCUCCUGGAUCUUAAAUGCCGUUACUUGAUUGUUUUGCCAUUGGAGGUCUUUCUGUUUCUCUUUCUCUCUUUCUUUCUCUCUCUCUCUCUCUCUCUUUGUCGUCUGAGUUGACAAAGAGAAAGAUUGCUCCAUAAUUUAUUUCAGUAUUAGAACUGCAGACGCUUCAGGUCUUUGAAGAACAGGAAAAAAAACUAUUUAUGCUGUAAUAAAAAAUGUUGAAGGACUCUGCACUAUUUCCUUAAUGAAUGAAAUUGGCCUUUAACAAAUAGAGCAAAAACAACAAAAACUGAAAGCAUUUUUGAGGACUUUGCUUCUGAACAGUCUUUGACAGGCAUAUUUGGUUAGUGUAAAGAUAAGUUGUAAAAUAUUCUUUUAAAUAAAA